AUGUUUAUCCAUACGGAGUUUAAGCAGUUUGCUGUCAUAAAACGCCAAGUGGUGCAAUUUAUCCGAAUGAUUUCGCUUCGCGUGCCUUACAACCGGCUGAAAAAAUUCACAAUUGUUCGAGAGGCCUAUCAGUUAUCUUUGAUGUCAAGAAAUUUCACCAGUAUAUUUGGGGCAGUUGUUUUAGAGAUCCAAACUGAUCACAAAUUGUUGAUGUCGUUCUUGGAUGAAUCCAAGGAGAUCCAACAAAUGUAUUCACCUAGAAUGCAACGGUGGACACUAAUCCUUAGUGCUCAUGAAUACAAAACCUGUUACAUCCCAGGCCCUAACCAUUGUACGGCGGAUGCCCUGAGUCGGUUACUGCACGCGACCCCUGCAGGGUCAAUAGAGGCACCGGUGAAGUUAGUUCCUUUGAUGCAGUACCUCGACAGUACGCCUUUGAAAAGUGACGUCAUAUGUCGAUGGACCGACCAGGUACCCAACCCAGCCCUCGUGAUACGAAGCACGAAGCUGGACUGGCCUAGUAGAAUUCCGGCUGAUUUGAAACCUUUUGGACUUCGCAGACAUGAGUUGAAUAUACAAGAUGGUUGCUUAUUUUGGGGCUCACGAUUGAUUCCACUAUCAAAAGUGUGCCCCUUCAUUCUAAAUGAACUUCACAAUGGACAUCCAGAUGUUGCCAGAAUGAUGGCUAUUGCUAGACGCACG